AUGAGGAAUGAAAGAGUGAAGGAGAAGAUUGAGGACGUAGGUAAAUCCACUGGAGUUGAAGACAUUGGCAUUGGAGGUGCUGUUGCAACUCACAUUGCCAAGGUAGUUGAACAAGAUGAUAAGAUGAAUGAAGGCAAGCCAGGAAUAGUCGCAAGCCAAGGAAUCCAAGUACAAGAAGGGUUGAACCUUUUGCAUAAACAAGAGGGAAUAUAUGUUGCUCCUAACAACAACAAUGACAUUUCUUCAGCUUCUGCAGAUAUCCGUACAAGAUUGGGAGCAUAUAAACAUUUUGUUGAUCUGGAUGAUGCACAGAUUUCUCUUCUGGUGGAGGCAAUAACAACAUAUCCUCAUCUCUGGAAUGCUUCCAAGAAGUUUAGUGAGCGCUUUCAAGCUUGGAGGUUGAAAAUUUUGGCAGAUAUGUUGCUGUUCCUUCAGAAGGAAAGUGACGAUAGUGUUAUUCCUCAAAGAGAAAAAGUGUUUGAUAAACUAUGUGAAGAAGCUAUUGAAAUUGGAUUUGAGAGUUCAUGGGUAGAGGAAAUGCGUCAACGUGUUGUGGCGAGGGAUCGUAAGCUGGAAGAGGACAUUGCUAAGAGACAAAUAAAUGAGAAUUCUAAGAGGUAUGAUUAUGUUGUUGGAUGAUUAUACAUUUGGUGG